UAUGAUUACUUUAAGUUAAUGGAAAGCAAAGAACUUCUUAGCCUCUACUUCAUCUCGAUACUAUAAAAUCCCUGAUGUUCCUGAACUCAAACCUAAAAAAUAAUAGAUCAGAAAUGUUAAAUACAAAUUUGAACUUGAUGAUGAUGUUGGUCAUAAGAUUUUGUAAUAAGUAUUACCUAGAAAUCCAUUAUUACCAAUGAGAAGAUAACAUUAACCUAGUAUCAAAUAAUUAAUGUUAGAUCCAUCUUAAUUAUCUGUCAUCUAACCUAAUUAAAGUCUACAAUAGAUCAAUUCUUCAAUAGAGGAAUCUAACAUUGGAUCUAAAACUAAUCGUUUUAAUAAACCUUCUCUAAAAAGGAAUUCUAGUCAACCCUUGUUGGAUGAAACAAAAUAAUUAUCUUUUCUUAAAAACAAUUCAUCCUCAAAAGAUAUUAAGAUCUCAGAACGAAAGAAAAGUAAGAUCUAUUUUGGAUCCACUGUUUAAGCAUCUUAAACUUAAACCAAAUUUGAAAUUGACUUUGAUUUUAAAAUUAGAGAUUCAUCAGUAAAAAGAAGAUUAUCUCAGAAAUAAUUCAAUCUUUAUAAGAAUAGAAAAAUAGCAGUUUCUAGUAUUGCAAAUCAAUAUAAACAUUAAAAGGAAGAAGAAAUAGAAGCAAGAAGAAAAUAAGUUAAAGAAUAAAUUGAACAACUAUGA